AUGGUUGGCAAAUGGCUUUGCUACAUCCCAGUGACAGUCAUUUUGAGUGGCCAAACGACCGCGCUCAAGUUGCUUUUCUCUGGUCCAGGAGUAUCAGGCACCUACCGAAACACUUGGCCAGGAUGGUACAACGUGGGCGGUUACGUGCUGGACUCCGGUGGUGUGAUGCUCUCUGGAUACGAUGGAAAGAGACAAGCCUAUGACACAGCAGGCUUGGUUGGCGUUCGCUUUGAGGACAUUGCUGGGGGAUUUCUGGAAUUUGAGCUGCUGAGCCAAUUUCGCAAUAGGCCACUGCUGAGUGUGGUGAAUAGCUGCAUGGGCUCUGACCGUGAAAAUGACGGUUCUUCGGCCUGGCGUACGGGCCAUUGUGUUGCUGGCAAGCUGACCAGCUCCUUUGGCAUCCCCAGGGUAGCACAGCAUCUCCUUAUAGGUUUUGCUGGGAACUUUGAGGAUGGCCUGAAUUGGGUGCUUUUUCGAUUGCAGAAUCACUCAGCGCAUAGCGAGUUUACAUAUGCCUUUGGUACGCAGAACAAGACCAACCCCGGCUUUGCAGGCCGAGUGUAUAUCUAUGGUGUUCAACAUGCAGUAGAGAGUGCGGGGAUGUGGAAAUCUGUCACACGACCCUGCGCGAUUGAUUCUGAAGGCUGUAUCACCAGCCACAACUUUCCAAGGUUUUAUGGCUCUCAGGAGCAUUGCAGCCUGGAUAUUGAUGAGAGCCUGACUGGCCCGCUGCGUGUCACUGACUUUGAGACAGAAAAGAAUCACGAUGUCCUACUGGUCAAUGGCCAGGUGCACAUCAGGACGUCUCCCGAUGCAGCGCCAGAGAAUGUGGCGGUCUUCGUUGGCAGUGAUUCCACAAACUCUGUCACUGCCCCCUGCUGCUCUAUAGUAGCUAAUUGUUGGAAACAGUCCAGAAGUAAAAAGAUCAGAACAGUCGUAAGGUAG